CGAGUGUCGCUUAGCAACGGAGACGCGCCUACUUUCUUUAGCGCUUCUUUACUGCCUUCUUCUUUAUUGUUACACAAAGAGCCUUUUAUUAAAACGGCCGUGGUUAGGAGCCACGUGCUUUUGUGUAAGGAGUGGGCGACGUUUUUUGGCCGGUUUUCGCGCCAGUGUCACUGCGCUUUAAUGGAGUGUGCAACGAUGACAGCGUCUGAGGAAAGUGUCCUGAGGAAGCACCUCAACGACCUGAAGAAGGAUGGGCACACAUGGACUGGCUACGCGCCGUCCAGAAGCGCUUUUGAAGGACUCGAAAGAGACCUCGCCGAUAUCAAGGUGAUCUUUCGAACGGAGAACUCAUUCAGGCCAAAAGGCAGGCUGCUUUUCAAUACUCAGCGCGGACGCAUAGUUCUGAACGAGGGCAUGCCAUUCAAGAUCGUACGGUAUGUUCACAAAGGCUGCCUCUUCGGACGUGAACUACAUAAAGCGAAAAAGUCGAUUAGUAAAGAGGUGAACGAAGCAAGCUCAUCACCAAGCACUUCUCCAUGCAAAAGAGUGAAGCUACAGAGAACAAAGAAAAAAGGCUGCACUGCAGUUAUGCAUAUAAAAGAAGUAGAACUGUACCCAGAAUUUAGUAUCAACACCCCGGAGCAAUGUAGCCAUUGGCAGCGCCAAAAAGCUACGGCGGAGGCGACACACCGACUUAGGCUGGCGCUACACGAAGAGUCUACUGGCAAGCCUGUGUUUCGCGAGCAUCGCUUCUAUAUCAGCAUGUCUGACAAGCAAAGUCAUUGCAACCAUGACGUUGACAUUCAUGCAUGCCACACACAGCCCACAAACUCUGGAGUCUCCAAAGAGAUCGGUGAGCUCUUGCAGCGAGGUGCGACACCUGUCAAUACGAUGGAAAGCUGCCUGAAAUUCUAUGUGACCUUUAGAGAUAACAUGAGUUUCCGGAUGAAUGUGACAACACCGAGUCACCAGACGAAUGUCAGAACGCCGAGUCACCAGACGAAUGUCAGAACACCGAGUCACCAGACGAAUGUCAGAACACCGAGUCACCAGACGAAUGUCAGAACACCGAGUCACCAGACGAAUGCCAGAACACUGAGCCGCCAAGCGAGUCUCAGAACACCGAGUCACCAGCUGUAAUCGCAACACAGCAACCUGAUUUAGACCUGCACAAGGCACUGCAAGAGAAGGGCUGGUUCAUCAAGAGGCAGAUUAGAGCUGAGAGCCAACGAAUAUUAUCUUCUCUUUACCACGUACAUGACAACGCAGUACUUGAAAGGUUGCUCUGUUCCUUUAUGCAAGUCAGAACCUUUAUAGAGCAAAGUGUUAUGAAAAGCAAUGGAGUUGCAGCCAGAAGCUCGUCAAGAAAAGGGUCCCGAGGGGUGAAAAGUACCGACACCGCAAAAAGCUGGAACAGCAGUGAAGGUGCUGCAGCUGGAAAGGAGCUACAAAGAAUUACAUGCUGCUUAGCUUACGACCUGAAGUCAGUCUUCCUCAUAAUUUUAAAGUUCUAUUUUGUUUAUUUAUUUGCAAAAUACUGCAGACAAGUUCUAUUUUGUUUAUUUGCAAAAUACUGCAGACCCAUCUGGGCUCAGGCAAGAGGGGUAAAGUACAAAGCAAGAAGGAAAAUUUAUGUGCAUUCAGAAAACAAAAAAUUGCAUUCCAAUUUUGAAAGUGUCACCAUCACUCUUGAAUUGUUUCAUCAUUUGUUUGAUAUAUGCCUUUUAAUUUAAAUGUCAAAAUAAAUUCCAGAUAUCAACCCGUAACAACUAGUCGGACGAUUAUUUUCACAUGGUGAAUAAUCUCGUAGAAAUUAAACGUAAAUGCAUGAGCAGAAAAAUAUAUCAACAGUGCGAGCCAUGGGCCAGAACAUGGAUGUAAAAAGCCUUAACGGCUGAGGUAAAAGGCCUUAACGAGAUCGUUAUAAGUGGUCAGAUUGUCCCUGGUCACCAUGGUGUCCAACUCGUCUCCAGUGACUCCGGCGCGGUUGACUAGGCCUCGCGCAAUGGCGUGGGUGACCUCGUUGAGGUUGGGGAGGUGUGGGUGGUCAGGGUCCAUGUCAGGGAGAUCACGCUGUCUUUAGAGUGUGGUGCCUGGCAGAGGAUAUGAAGAGCUUGAGGAGAAAUACGGCCUUUGCUGAAGUUAGUGACGGCUGAAGAGUGGCCAGGGCGAUGGCCACUUCUUCAGCCGUCUCGGCAGUGGGGGCAAUGACACUGGAGGCGUGGUAUAGGACUCCACUGCAUGUGGCGACGGCCACAAAUCGUGUGCCAUGGAAAUAUUGGGCAGCAUCAACAAAUGUGACGCCAGGUACGUGAGCAAGGGCCUUUAUGAUAGCUCUGGCCCGAACUUGGCGCCGGGCCCUGGGUGCAUGUUUCUAGGGUUCGGGUCUGUGUGGAUCCAGCUACGGAUGACAGUCGGGAUUGAUUGUUUGGGGCCCUGUUGCUGAUGGUAAGUGAAGCCAAGCGUGGAUAGAAUAAAGCGUCCCGUUUCAGUAAGGGUGAACCGUUCAAGCUGAGAGCGUUGUUGGACUUCAGUGAGUUCGGCAAGGGUGCUGUGAACUCCCAGUUGGUUGAAGAGUUCACUGCUGGUGUAAUGUGGGAGGCCAAGUGCUUGCUUGUAGACCUCUCGUAUGAGGGCGUCGAGCUUGUUUUGCUCGGCCCGGUACCAGUUGAGGUACGCAGCAACAUAGGUAAUGUGGUAUAUGACUGACAAAGGACUGCACGAGGCGGAGAAGACUUUCUUCUUUGAGUCCCCCUCGUCGGUUGGAGAUACGUUUAAGAAGACGAAGGGUGUUUUGAGAUUGGGCGCAGAUCUUGUUGAGAGCCAAGACAUUGGAGCCGUUGGUAG